ACGUCGCUUCCGGGAGACGCGUUGGCAAUUUCCUAAACAGAAGAACCAGGCAGAGCGGACAGUCGGCGGCUAGCAAGGCCGGGGGGACGAGCGUGUGUGUGCGGCUUCAUUUCUGGGAUUAACGCGACGGGGAAGCAUAGCCAACCAUUUGACGGACGUCUAUCAUGAACAGGAGGUCCUGACAUGGACGCAGAGAUGAUUCCCAAAUUUUGCUCAAAAGACGAAGAAUUGGAUUACUGGAAGUCCCAAGCCCUGAAAUAUAAGAAAAGCUGCCAUGACGCCCAGGAGGAGCUGCAGGAGUUCCAAGAGGGGAGUCGAGAGCUGGAGGCCGAGUUGGAGGCGCAGCUCGGCCAGGCUGAACAUCGCCUUCGUGACCUGCAGACGGAGAACGAGAGGCUGAAGAAUGAUGUGGACAACCUCAAGGAGAAACUGGAGCAGCAGUACACUCAGAACUACAAGCAGAUUUCUGUGCUAGAAGAUGACCUGGGCCAGACGCGAAGCAUCAAGGAGCAGCUCCACAAAUACGUGCGAGAGCUAGAACAGGCCAACGACGACCUGGAGAGAGCCAAAAGGGCGACCAUCGUGUCCCUGGAGGACUUUGAGGGCCGUUUAAACCAAGCCAUCGAGAGAAACGCCUUCCUGGAGAGCGAACUGGACGAGAAGGAGUCUCUGUUGGUGUCUGUGCAGCGACUCAAAGAUGAAGCGCGAGACCUCAGGCAGGAGUUGGCGGUACGAGAGAGGACCACAGACAGGAUGUCGGCGCCAAGCUCGCCCACCUUAGACAUCGACAAAACGGACUCUGCCAUACAGGCGUCUCUCUCACUACCAUCCACACCGGUGGGAAAGAGUGUGGAACAUUCCUUUGUCGCCCCGAAAGUGACCAACGGCUGCGCCAACUCCUCCCUCACAGCCUCAGGUAGAAUCUCAGCCUUGAACAUCGUUGGCGAUCUGCUCAGAAAAGUCGGGGCUUUGGAAUCCAAACUGGCCGCCUGCAGAAGCUUCGGUAAGGACCCGGCGGCAAGACAGGGCAUCGCCGCGGGCAACGGCGCCCUCAUCAAACACAGCACCUACUUUGACAAAAGCACCCUUAACGGAUUGGACCCCAGCGCCUUGACCUCCAUGACCGCCUCCAGAACCGUUUCUCCACCAGGCCUGCUGAGCGUGUGAGGUGUUGAUAGGACAUCAGAGGACACAAGUAACUGUGUGUGUGUCUGUGUGCGAGUGUGUAAGCGAGGGGAUGUUUGCACAAGAGAGACUCGACAAGAUGCACAUUUGUCGUCGGUGCAUUCUUUUCCUCGCACGUAACCGCAUGUGCAGAACGCAGCUAAUUUACUGCACCUUGUCCGAAUGUCGCCAACGUGGUGUCGGCCCACCACGCGGCACACGACCGCCCCCCCUCCAUGACGACAAAAGGUCCCACAGACCUCACUUAUUUUUGGCCUGCGUUUUCUCUUUAUUUGCACAGUUCAACGAGUUACUCCCGUUUAGAACGUAUAUUUAAAAAAAAAAGAAGAAGAAAAAAAAAAGGGAUGUGUUCAUAUUUACUAACUGAUCUCACCGGAUGCUUUACAAUGCAGUAUUCUGUCACAUGUGGGCCAAGGGAAGGGGUGGUGCCUGACCCGGCGUCCACACUUAAUGACUGAAGUGAAUGUUGAUCGUUCAAAGCCAAAGUGCUGUCCUGUCGUCCCCCACCUCGGUUCAAUCUGCACUUUAAGUCAAGUGCAUCUUUUCUUUUUCUGUAAAUGUUUGUAUUUUU